CUCCUCGUCGUCCCCCACGCCAGCACACGACCAUGGCGAGCGAGCAGGUCGCUGUGCGACACCCCUUCUCCGUUAUCUUCCUGCUGCACAUCGCGCUCGAGGUUCCGGUCGCGAUACAGGGUCUGUUCUCGCCUAUGUCGCUGCCGUUCCUGCAGAUGAACAACACUGCGGCAGUGUUCAUCAAGCUGUAUGCUGCGCUGUCCGCCGGUAUCUGUGCCGCUUGCUUGCUUUGCUUCGGUCUUCCUGAAUUUUUGCCUGGCAAACGAGCACUGGCCAUAGGACUUACCAUCUACCACGUCACUUGCUCCACUAUCCUCUACAACGCACCGCGCUUCAUCCCCUUCUCUCUCGGUGCCAUCGCAGAGGCGUACAAGAUCACCCCAGAGAACGUUUGGGGUACCGUCCAUGGUUUCAUUGGACUGGGCUUCGUCAUCUGGUGGCAAGCUACGGUCCAACUCGCCGCUGCCAUGCGCAACAGCACCAAGACGUAG